CUUGUACUUAUUCAAUCAUGGUCUCUGCUUCUUUCUCUAAUUUCUGCCUUGAUCAUCACCAUCUUGUAUCUUACCUCAACCUUUCAUUGCUCAUCCAGGUUGAAGCCACUGUCAGAAAUCCAAUCUCGGAUUCUCGGUCCUUUCCACAGUCUACUAUCUCACUAUGUUGGCUUACUUGAACCUGUCAGAGCAACAAGUUUCUCUUUAUAAUCAGCAAACCAUCAGUUUUAGAACCCCCUUUGCUGAUCCUUCGUUGCCCGAAUUGAUCAGGAAACUCAUGAUCAUCUUAGCUAUCCACGCACACUGAUUCAUGUCAGAGAAAAUACUCCAUUGUCAUGAAUAAGCUUUUAUGUACUUGAGAGGGAUGAAGUACUAACACUCUAACAGGUUGAUAGAAGUCAUGGAACUGCGAUUACGUACUUGGAGUCUAAUAGCCUUUUAAGGGUGUGACUACUACUGCUCAUCUUGAUUGCAAUGAAUAUCACAUUCAGGUGGCCUAACUGGGAGUUUCAUUUCAUCUACUAGCUUCGACACAAGAGCUUGUCCAUUGAAAUCUUUAGCAACAGUUUUUGAUGUGUCGUCGUUUAUUAAGGAUCUGUAUGAGAGUUCUUUGCGCCUUGCAUGGAUAUAAGUGAUGAAUGGUUUAGAGGACUUCCCUGGAUGCUUAGGAGAAGGGGUUCAGUCUCUGUGAGUGUCACUUGUACCACUAAUCGAUGUAUAGGAAAUGCAACAAUCAGCGGUGGUUAUUACACUGGACUCAGUAAGAUACCUGUAGAACAUCACGCGUAGUUUGUGUUAAUGAGCGUCACAGAGAAGCAGAGACAUCAUGUGCAGAAUCUUCAAUGCUGGGAACAGGUUUGGCUAAUUUACCCUAUUGAUCUUAAUGUGGCUGGUGAUACCAACUUUUUUGUGCCGGCUAACUACUAACUGUACAAGCAAAAUCUCCCCAAGAAAAAGGACUAUUUGAAUGUUGUUUGGAGAACAGCUAGUUCUACAUCUGAUCUCAACACGAAAUCAAAGGUGGGGUAUAUAGAGCUGGGUCUUUUACUCUGUUAUUAGAUGGUGAUUCAAGAAUGGGGACCCUUCUCUGAAUAUAAUCUGUGGGUGACAGUCACUGGAGUCUGAAGGUUGGGUAGCUGAGUUAUUUGCUGAUCAGAUUCCAGACUUGAAGAGCUGACCACCUUGCUACAUGGACCCUCAGGUUUGAUGAAAAUACCAUUCCUAUAUUUAGUGGUGUUACUGCAAUUCUUUUUAACUUCUUAUGGCCUUAACCAUCCUCUGGAUCCUCUCACCCCUACAGAAAUUAACCAAGUGAGGCUAGUUAUUCAAAAGUCUCAUCUUGCUCCUUACUUCCCCAACAUAACAUUUCAUUUCUUAGAUCUUGAUGAACCAGAGAAACAUGAUGUCCUCAAAUGGAUGUCUUCUCGAAAAGGGAAUGAGACUUUUCCUCAUCGUCGAGCUAAGGUUGUGGUUCGCGCUAAAGGUGAGACUCAUGAACUCAUUGUAGACUUGGGCACUAGUUCACUUACAUCAGACCAUGUUUAUACUGGUCAUGGUUACCCUCCAUGGACUGCUAUUGAGCUUUUCCAAGCAGCCAGAUUACCCUCAAAGUAUCCGAAAUUUAAAGAUUCAAUUUCAAGAAGAGGAUUAAAUUUGUCUGAAGUCACAUGUCUUCCCUUUACAAUUGGUUGGUUUGGUGAGCAUGUAAGAAGCAGAGCUGUCAAAGUCUCAUGUUUUUAUCGCGGAGGAACUACUAGCAUAUUUGCCAGGCCUAUUGGAGGAUUGACUAUCUUAGUAGGUAUGGAGCCAUUGCAAAUUACUCAAUAUGUAGAUAGAUACAGAACGCCUCUACCAAAAGCAGAAGGCACAGAUUUUCGAGCAUCAGGUCAAGGGUCUACUUCUGUACCAUGCAAUGCAACAGAUGCUGGCUUCACUAUCAAUGAACACGAGGUUAGAUGGGCUAACUGGAAAUUCCAUGUUGGAUUUAAUGCUCGCGCAGGGCUAAUUAUAUCAACAGCUUCAAUACUUGAUCUUGAAACGAAGAAAUUCAGAAAUGUGCUCUAUAGAGGUCAUGUUUCUGAGACCUUUGUUCCAUACAUGGAUCCAACAAUUGAAUGGUAUUACAGGACAUUUAUGGAUAUUGGCGAGUUCGGGUUUGGAAGAUCUGCUUCUAGCCUAAUUCCACUGACAGAUUGUCCAAGCAAUGCAGUGUAUAUGGAUGGUUACAUGGCUGGAGGAGAUGGACUGCCACAACAAGUCCCAAAUGCAAUAUGCAUUUUCCAGCGUUAUGCUGGUGAUAUCGCCUGGAGACAUACUGAAAUCGGUGUUCCAGGAAAAGUGAUAACAAGUGGCCAACCAGAAGUUACUUUAGUCGUUAGAAUGGUGGCUACUGUUGGAAAUUAUGAUUAUAUUCUUGAUUGGGAGUUCAAACAAAAUGGUGCUAUAAAACUCAAUGUAGGCCUAUCAGGUGUGGUAGAAAUGAAAGGUGUGCCAUACACAAAUCAAAAUCAGAUAUUUGAGGAGAUCUAUGGUAACCUUGUCGCAGACAACACGAUAGCAAACAACCAUGAUCACUUUCUGACUUACUAUCUUGACCUUGAUAUCGAUGGAAGUAAAAAUUCAUUUGUCAAAGGCAAUUUAAAAAGGAUGAGGGCAAAGCAUUCUCCUAGGAAGAGUUACUGGAGGGUUGUGACAGAAACCGCGAAAACUGAGGCAGAGGCCAGGAUCAACCUCGGAUCACAUCCAACUGAAUUUGCGAUAGUGAAUCCAAAUAAGAAAACCAAGCUGGGAAACAAUGUAGGCUAUGGCCUGAUCACAGGACAGCCAGCAGCCUCACUACUUUCCGAUGAUGACUAUCCGCAGAUUCGUGCUGCUUAUACGAAGUAUCAAAUUUGGGUUACUAGCUAUAACAAAUCUGAGAGAUGGGCUGGUGGUUUUUAUGCUGAUCGGAGCCAGGGCGACGAUGGAUUAGCAGCUUGGAGCAGCAAGGACAGAAAGAUAACAAAUGAAGACAUAGUGUUGUGGUACACUAUAGGGCUACAUCACAGUCCAGUUCAAGAAGAUUUUCCGGUGAUGUCAACUCUGAACAGUGGAUUCGAGCUCCGACCUGCGAAUUUUUUCGAGCGAAACCCAAUGCACAAACAAUAGCUAAUACAUUCGACAUUGAUUUGUAUUUAAUCUGUGAAUUUCUAGUUACAUAACAUAGGAAAUUUGUGUGACAGUCAAGUGAAAUGACUCGAUUGAUAUUGGAUUUAUACAUACAAAAUAAUGUGAUUCUUUAUUACAAGAAU